CGAUGCUCGCAAACGUCGAGGAACGAUACCCCAGAAACAAAAAGAAGAUCCCACGCGCUCGGAUCUAUCGUGCGGGGCCUUAGAAAUCACAAGCUCCAUCAGGAGAGGCUCUCAAAAUCGAAGGCAUUCAUCGAGCUGCAAGAUUGCACCAGGCGCUUGUGCAGCAUCGGAGUAGUCCGCGAAGAGCUGCAAACGGAGUCGAUCGCUGCGACGCCACCGCUGCGACCCAAAAUGGCUAGCUGGACCUCACGCCUCCUGGGCGCGCCGCGGUCCAAGUACGACGAGCCCGCCGUUGAUGACCUGAUCGAGGACGCCCCGGCAGCCAACAUAGGCUACACCCUGCAACUGAUCCGGGGCGUGCCCCAGAACCCGCUCUUCGACAGAAGUCAAUUCGAGGGCAUAAUAGACCACUUCGCGACGAGGGACACGGACACGUACGUGUGCACCUACGUCAAGGCGGGCACGACCUGGUGCCAGCAGAUCGUGACCCUACUCUUGAACGGAGGCGAGCAGGGCGCGAAGUCGUACGGUGAGACCGUUCCCUGGCUCGAGGCGUUGUGCGCGCCGCCGUCGACGCCCUUGGCGUCGCGGGAAGCGCCCGGCUUCGCCGACGUCAAAGCCGUCGACGCAUGGGAAGGCCCGCGGUUCUUCAAGACGCACGCGACCGUCGCGGAUUUACCUCGAGGCAAAGCACAGGUGAAAGUCAUCGCGGUCGCUAGGAACCCCAAGGACACGGUCGUUAGUUUAUUCCACCACGCGUCCUCCAAACCGGAGUUUGAAUUUAGCGGGAACUUUGACGACUUUUUGCGAGUGUUCAUGGCCGGCAACGCCGAGAACGGGUCCUGGUUCGCCCAUGUGAAUGAUUGGUACAGAGAAUCGAGAAAAUCGGAUCGGGUGCUCUGGCUGACCUACGAGGGCAUGAUCUGCGAUCAUGAGGGCGCGGUGCGCAAAAUAGCUGCAUUCUUGGGGUUAAAUGUCUCUGAUGAAACCGUGAUGCGGACGGUAGCUCAUUCCACAAUUGAUAGCAUGCGCUCCAAUAAAAAGGCGAACAUCGGCUUGAACCAUCUGCGGAAAGGCGGCAUCGGGGGCUGGCGGGACACGUUCACUGUUAGUCAAUCGGAGCUGUUCGACAAGGUGUACGCGAGGAAGAUGGCGGAGUCCGGGUUGGUCUUCGACUUCGGGGAGGGGUUGGUCAUGUAA